CGGUCAGCUGGUUCCCAGCCUGGAGCGUUGAGCUUGCUUGUCACAGCAUCUAAAGAUAGGGUACCACACAGGAAACCAGAUGCUAUUGGCUAACUUCGAAAAUAAAGAUGCCCUCAUAGAGAGGGAAGCACUUGCCUCUGGUGGAGUCUGCGUGGGACUGGGUGAGUGGCUGGCACUUCCUGCAGAAGUUCCCUUCCGAUCUGCUCAGGACCUCACCAUGUCCACCUCCUUCCCUGAACUGGAUCUAGAGAAUUUUGAGUAUGACGAUUCGGCUGAGGCCUGUUAUUUGGGCGACAUUGUGGCCUUUGGAACCAUCUUUCUGUCCGUCUUCUAUGCCCUCGUCUUCACGUUCGGCCUGGUGGGAAAUCUGUUGGUGGUCCUCGCCCUCACCAACAGCCGGAAGCCCAAGAGCAUCACCGACAUCUACCUCCUGAACCUGGCCUUGAGCGACCUGCUCUUUGUGGCCACCUUGCCCUUCUGGACUCACUACCUCAUCAGCCAUGAGGGCCUCCACAAUGCCAUGUGCAAGCUCACGACUGCCUUCUUCUUCAUUGGCUUCUUUGGGGGCAUAUUCUUCAUCACCGUCAUCAGCAUCGACCGGUACCUCGCCAUCGUCCUGGCCGCCAACUCCAUGAACAACCGGACAGUGCAGCACGGUGUCACCAUUAGUCUGGGCGUCUGGGCCGCGGCCAUCUUAGUGGCGUCACCCCAGUUCAUGUUCACAAAGAGAAAGGACAACGAGUGUCUGGGUGACUACCCCGAGGUCCUGCAGGAAAUGUGGCCCGUGCUCCGCAACUCGGAAGUCAACAUCCUGGGCUUCGCCCUGCCCUUGCUUAUCAUGAGCUUUUGCUACUUCCGCAUCAUCCAGACGCUGUUUUCCUGCAAGAAUCGCAAGAAGGCCAGAGCCAUCAGACUCAUCCUCCUGGUGGUCUUCGCCUUCUUCCUCUUCUGGACACCAUACAACAUCAUGAUUUUCCUGGAGACUCUCAAGCUCUACAACUUCUUCCCCAGUUGUGACAUGAAGAGGGACCUGAGGUUGGCCCUCAGUGUGACGGAGACAGUGGCGUUCAGCCACUGUUGCCUCAACCCCUUUAUCUACGCCUUUGCUGGGGAAAAGUUCAGAAGGUACCUGGGACACCUAUAUAGGAAGUGCCUGGCCGUCCUGUGCGGUCAUCCUGUCCACGCCGGCUUCUCGCCAGAGUCCCAGAGGAGCAGGCAGGACAGCAUUCUGAGCAGUUUUACUCACUACACAAGCGAGGGAGAUGGGUCUCUCCUGCUCUGAAGGAGUCUCCCCGACCCUAGCUCCACUAGGAACCCAGAGUUCUUGCAUCAAAUUCCCCUGCCGCUCCCCCUGCAUCUUAUGUGCAAGAAAUAUGGACCAGAUGCCUGCAAACCAACCCCACGGUGUUUUCUGAAAAAUUUAUGUUCAAUGUGUGAAAAGCACACAUAUCUCUUACUGCAAAUGUUGAACAUUGGGGCUUACUGGUGACAAAAAUUCUAACCAGAUUAGUGCAAUUACAAAGGGGUUUGGUGAGUCCUGGUUGCAUGAUCAUAUGACAAAGGGCAACUAAGUCCUCAGACUGAGUGGGAACCAAGGCUUAGAUCCAAUGUCCCCUCUCUGACCUUCAGAUCCUUCAUAGUGACAGAUCAUCCAGGUUCUAUCAUCAGAGAAGGACCACAUCUCUCUGAUUUCAAAAUUGGUGUUCCUAGGGAACACCUCCGUUGACCGAGUGUGUCGGGUGUCCAUCCCUUGACUAGGUGGUGUUAAUGAAGUAGAAGGGAUCCCUAAGAUGCUGUUGGAAUCUCAAGGUUAGCAGUUAAGAGAGACAUAUCUCUCAGAAGCCGGAGGGUGGGAGCUACUCUGACAGAGCAAGAACUGCUGACUCGCCUUCGCAUGGAGCUCAUUCAGGCUCCCCUUCAGUAACUAGCAGCAUCUGUAGCCAGCUUCUUUAAUCUUCUGUUGAGAGUGUCCUGAACUCUCCAAGGGUUAGAGUUUGGGUUACUGCUCACAGCAUCAAAUUCAAUCCCAAGGCCCUGUCCUCCGAAACCAGGAAGAUAGAAUGCAGUUCUAACAAGAGACUCCAUGCUGACUCCUCAUUCCACAGGACUCCAUCCGCCCAGUUGGCCAUGUCCCUUUUUCUUGUCUUGACCCACAUCCCUCCACUCCUCUCAGCCCAGGGGAAGAAAUAGAAAGAGCCAUGCCCCAGAGUGAAGGGAUAGAUUCAUAUCCCAACUCUGUUGCUUGCACAUUGGGGAGACUGGAGCCAACAGAGCUCCUCAAUAUAGAAGGGACUGUGGUGCCUUCACCCAUUCUAGCAUAGCACCUCAGCCAGGACUUUAGCGUUCCCUGGAUCAGGAACUGUUGCCCUGCCUCUGAGAAAUGGAGCUGGUGGAGUGGGAGGAACCUGCAGGCUUUGCUGCAGGACACAGCGAGACAAGAGGAGACCUAGUCCUACAGCAUCCCCCAACAUGUACCUAGAUCUACAGAGCCAUUCCCAUGUCCCCGCUGUCAGGGCAAGACCCAGGCCACGAGAGCAGCUUGCUUUCUCCCCUGACCCUGCAAGCAUCACGUAGGAUGUAACCACAAGAAUGUCUUCAUGCAUUCACUGACUCCGGUCUCAUUUACAGGCUUACAUUGAGAGUUCCAGUUCUGCAACUUGCUUUUUAAAAAAAAACACUGGAUUUCAGGGGCUGGAGAGAUGGCUCAGCUGUUAAGAGCACAGUCUGCUCCUCCAGAGGUCCCAAGUUCAAUUCCCAUGCCAUUGUCUGAAGACAAGGACAGUGUAGUCAAAAAAAAAACACUGGAGCCGGGCGUGGUGGCGCACGCCUUUAAUCCCAGCACUCGGGAGGCAGA